GAGGAAUAAAGAGGGAGAGUGAAAACAAGCAUCGGAGAACAAAGCAAGGCUACAAAAUGAAAUUCAUCUUGCUUCAUUACUUGCUGUCUCUUUUUCCUGCACUGGUUCUCAGCACCAGACAGGGCUAUGAGGAGCUGGAAAGACAACUUAAAGAAGUUUUUAAGGAAAGGAGCAACAUUCUUCGUCAGUUGUCAAAGACAUCCAAAGAGCUUGAAGGAAUUAAAGUAAACCUCCAGUCUCUGAAAAAUGAAGAGGCAUCUGCCAAAAGCGAUGUACAGAAGCUCUUGGAAUUAGGCCAAAAACAAAGGGAAGAAAUGAAAUCGCUCCAGGAGGCCUUUCAAAAACAGCUUAAUGAGGCUGCUGAGAAAGCAGAGAAACAGCAGGCUACAAUUAACUUUUUGAAAACUGAAAUGGAUAGGAAGAGCAAAAUGAUCAGAGAUCUCCAAAAUGAGAACAAAAGCCUGAAAAACAAACUCCUGUCCGGAAGCAAGCUUUGUGGUAUUCAUGCAGAAGAGUCAAAAAAGAUCCAAGCCCAACUGAAGGAACUUCGCUAUGGGAAAAAGGAUUUGAUUUUUAAGGCACAGCAGCUUACAGAUUUGGAACAAAAACUAGCAAUUGCAAAAGAAGAAUUGGAAAAGGCAUCUCUUGACAAAGAGUCACAGUUGAAAGCUCUGAAGGAGACCGUACAACUCUGCCUGUCUUCAGUCUUGCACAAUCAACCUCCCACUACAAAUAUAAUCCCUUCAAGACCAAAAGAGAGACAGACAUCUCCAGUUACAAAUGGUUCAAAAGUUCCAUUUCAAGUGGCAAACACCAAGCAAAGAUCUCCUGAACACAAAGAGAGAUUUCAAAUUUCUUCAAGAAAAGAAGAUAAUAAUCAAAGCACCUGGGAAUGUAGUUCUCAAGAUGUAGGCAAAACUUGUUUAGGAAACCGAAACAAUUCAAGCUCUCUGCAAAUGAUACUGGCAGAAACAGACCCAAAUGUUCAGAAGUCACAUAGUACUCCAUGGAUUAAACCUGGGAUUAAAAAAUCAGUGGAGAGAAAAGAAAACAACCCUGAUGAACAGUCUAAAAUCAAGGAAAAGACUCUGUAAACAUCUUCUAGCUAUCUUUAAAAUGUUCUUCAUUUGCUAUCGUCUUCAUCUUUUUAGUCCAUAGGCAUGAAAAUGUAUCAGGUUUCUAAAGCAUGCAAUUUUUUCACUAUUUUAUGGAUGUUUGUAAAUUAGUCUAGAAAUUUCUGAAAUAGAUUGAUUAGUAUCUUUCAGCAAUAAUCCAAAAGAAAUGGAUGUUUGAAAAAAUGCUUUGUAAUACAGUCAAGUUUUUUUAAUUUUAUUCUGCCCUGAUCUGUAACUUGC